CUUUGGAAGAUCAGUCAUCUGAUUGCGCGCUAACAAUGAGGUCGUUUUUGCUUGUGAUUCUGCUGUCGUUUGAAACAAGUUUGGCACAACUUGUAUACAGAGACUAUAACUCACAAAUCGGUGGAUUUUUUUAUAGACAAAUUGGACUGAUGGCUGUUCGAGGGCCAGGAGGUCCAUUCGAGAGUACUGGGCAACGAGGAGGAUUAAUUUCUGGAGUCGAUACCGGAGGUCCCUUUGGUAAUUCUGGGAGGUACGGACCAAUGAAUGGAGGACCAGUUCCUACCAAUCAAGAAGAAGGACUAAUUUCUGGAGGAAGCAAUGGAGGACCCUUUGUCCAAACUGGUAGCACAGUUGCCCAUGGAGGACUAAUUUCAGGUGCCAACAGUGGAGGUCCUUUUAACAGCAACCAAGGGAGCUAUGGAUUGAUCAGCUCCGAUAAUACUGGAGGUCCAUUUGCCAGUGAUCAUCAGGGAGGUUUAAUUUCCGGUAAAAAUUCUGGAGGUCCUUUUAACAGCAACCAAGGGAGAUAUGGAUUGAUCAGCUCCGGUAAUACUGGAGGUCCAUUUGCCAGUGAUCAACAAGGAGGUUUAAUAUCCGGAACAAAUUCUGGAGGUCCUUUUAACGACAACCAAGGGAGACAUGGAUUGAUUAGCUCCGGUAAUACUGGAGGUCCAUUUGCCAGUGAUCAACAAGGAGGUUUAAUUUCCGGAGCAAAUUCUGGAGGCCCAUUUGGAAGUGGACCUUUAACAAAUAUUGAAGGCCAAGCUGGAGGGCGGUAUGGCAGUGGAGGACUUAUUGCUGGUGGCAAUAGUGGAGGUCCUUUUACUACGAAUCAAGAAAGCUAUGGUGGUGGUCUAACCGUAGGCCGUGAUUCCGAUGAAGAACUGAUUUCUGGAGGAAACAGCGGAGUUCCUUUAGGAAGCACAGAACCGACAAACGAUCUCAGUAAGGGCGGUCUAAUCGAAGGGGGUAAGAAAGGUGGACCUCUGGGCCAACUUAAUCAGGAUUAGUUUCUGGCGGCAUCAGUGGAGUCCUUGGAACAAGCUGAAAGUGGAAAACCAGCAGUAACUAAAGUCGAAAAGAAUUCAUAAGUCGCCUAUGUCAUUUAGUUUAAUAUAACGUCUUUCACUUGUCUUUUAUCAAUAAAAUUUCAAUAAUGCUUAAA